GGCUGUUGUGAAUCGGAGCCCAGGCUUGAGAGCCCUUCUCUCCGGUCAGCAGUAGCAGCAGCAGCAUUAGCUCAGCAGCGCAGCAUCACUGCCUCACUGAAAAGCACAGAGAAGACAGGGAGAGGGAGAGACAGCAAUGCAAAGGGAUGUAAGAUGGCAGAGCUACAAAUGCUACUAGAGGAGGAAAUCCCUGCCGGUAAAAGAGCGCUGGUGGAAAGCUAUCAGAACCUGUCCCGGGUCGCCGAAUACUGUGAAAACAAUUAUGUUCAGGCUCAAGACAAGAAGAAGGCCCUGGAGGAGACCAAGGCCUACACCACCCAGUCUCUGGCCAGCGUGGCCUACCAGAUCAAUGCCUUAGCUAACAAUGUGCUGCAGCUGCUCGACAUCCAGGCCUCACAACUACGACGCAUGGAGUCCUCCAUCAACCAUCUCCUGGAGACGGUGGACAUUCAUAAAGAGAAGGUGGCACGUCGGGAGAUCGGCAUCCUGACCACAAACAAAAACACCUCUCGCACCCACAAGAUCAUCGCCCCAGGCAACAUGGAGCGGCCGGUGCGCUACAUUCGAAAGCCCAUCGACUACACACUGCUGGAUGAUGUGGGACACGGCGUCAAAUGGCUUAAGGCCAAGCAACAUGGGAACAAUGCUGCAGGGCGAGGAGGGACGCUCGCCAGGACCAAUCCCCCAACACAGAAACCCCCAAGCCCCCCCAUGGCCGGUCGCGGUACCCUGGGACGUAACACCCCCUACAAGACACUGGAGCCAGUGAAGCCUCCUGUGGUGCCCAAUGACUACAUGACGAGCCCGGCCCGACUGGGCAACCAGCACAGUCCUGCACGCACAGCCUCGCUCAACCAGAGGCCCAGAACACACAGUGGCAGCAGUGGGGGUAGUGGCGGCAGGGAGAACAGUGGAAGCAGUGGAGUGAGUCUUCCUCUGGCUGUUCCCACCCCGUCCCCUCCCAGUUUGGGGCAAGUGGCGGCAUCUUCAGCCUCAGUGCCCCAAGGCCCCGGCUUGGGUCCCAUCCCCAUGUCCCAGUUCGGCACAAUCUCCCGCCAGAUUUCUCGCCACAACUCCUCCACCACGUCCUCAGCCUCCAUGGUGUCGGCCACCGGCACGUACCGCCGCGCGCCCUCUGUCUCCUCCCAGCAGCCUCACAUCAACGGGGGACCUGCCUACACACAGAACCCAAUGUCUGUGGCUCCUCCCCCUCCUCCUCCUCCCAUGGUCCAGCUGACUCCACAGAUCCCUCUGACCGGAUUUGUGGCCAGAAUGCAGGAGAGCAUAACAGACAGCCCUGCCCCGCCUCCUCCACCUCCACCAGAGGACAUGGGUGUGUUUGAAGAACCCUCUCCUCCUCCUCCUCCUCCUCCUGUGGACUACGAGGAAGAGGAGGCAGCAGUGGUUCACUACAGUGACCCCUAUGCUGACGGAGACCCCCAAUGGGCCCCCAAGACUUAUUUAGAGAAAGUUGUGGCCAUCUACGACUACUCCAAGGACAAGGAGGAUGAGCUGUCCUUCAUGGAGGGCGCCAUCAUCUACAUUAUCAAGAAGAACGAUGACGGGUGGUAUGAAGGCGUCAGCAACGGCGUCACUGGACUCUUCCCAGGAAACUACGUGGAGUCAAUCAUGCACUAUGCUGAUUAAAAGAGAAACAAAGGAAAAAAUGCACCCGAGAAAAAAAAGCACUGCAGUUUGGAGCAGAGGUAAAACCGCGAAGGUGUACUCAUGUAUGCAGUGCAGUGAUCCAAGUCCACACAGCUUCUGUUUUCAAUGAAGUGCCAUGGUGACAUAUUUGGAAUCAUUUGGUUUUUCUUUUUAGAGGAGUUUACACUUUUGACAGUUUUGUUCUGCUCUGGAAAAAAAAAAGAAAAAAAAAGAGACGACACAAUGAAGGAGGUGCUGUAGCUUUGGAUGAGGGGGUCUGUUAGUUUACACUGUGGAUGAAAGGGUGGAGACUGUCACAUCUAGGGCUGUCAAGGUUAUUGCAGUACCCGAGACGCAACUGGUCCUGACUAAGAAUCUCAACCCCCGUUUUCAAAGCCUCUGGAGUCGUGAUUAGGUGCCGCGUUGACGUCUUUGCAAAUGAAAGUUCACAAGCGACCAGGCUUCCACUGGAUGACACCAGCUGUCAGUCACACUGGUGUGCCGUACUUUAUCUUCCAAAUGGGAUCGUCACUAAUGAAGAAGACGUCUCCUGGCGGCUCGUCGGUAUUUUUUUUAUUUCCGCAUUGGCAGCGGAACUGAAGACCACUUUUCAUAUACAGUCUAUGGCAAUACCACAGUUCCCCCCCAUCACGUCACACCCAGUGCAGAGUCAAAUUCACUAUUUCAACACCAAAAAAAAAACAACCCAAAAGCUCAAUACCGUGACAGCCCUAGUCACAUCUGUGGGGAUUUGUAUCCCUCGCAAAAAAACAAUUCUAUGUAUAAACGAUGUAAUAAAUAUGUUAAUUUGCGCAUGAGGAACCAUUUCCAGUAUAUACAGGAUGCAGCAGAUCCACACGGUGAAGUAUUACAUGAAAGCAUUUUUUUUAUGACAUUGCACUGUAGACCAGCAGACCUGCUCUUCCCUCCUUUUAAGAAAGUCCAUCUUACCUUAUCCCAAAAAAGACGCCCAAAAAAAAAGGACACACA